AUGGCUCCCGGUGUCAUUCAAAACUCUGAAACAAUAUUGACCGACUCCCUCGAAGUUAUUAACGCGACGCAUAAUGGGGGUCUUAUUAACGAACUGAUGGUUGAAUCUAAUGUAAACAAAACGUGCCCAGUGGAUCUACAGUUCAUUAAUGGAGCCAAUGGGCAACAUCAAGCUGUUAAGGCUGUUGAAGCGGAUAAAGUUGAAGUCAAGAAGCCGGCUCGUAAAGUUACAAGACCCAAAGUGCUGAAGAACCACGAGUCCAGAGAAUUAUUGUACGACAGACUGUACGACACAACUUGUCCCAGAGUGCCGACGUUAUGCAACGAGCGCUCGUGUCUUGGCAGUCUGAUGGCCAUCCCGGGACGAGGCGACGUGCCCCGGGACCCGGAGGAGGUGCUUAAUGACGCAAAGGACUUUCUAGGCCAGUACUUCGCUUCUAUACGGAGGGCCAAUACUCCAGCUCAUGAAGCUCGCUGGAAAAUCGUACAAGAAGAAGUAGCUACGACCGGCACAUACCAACUAACCACAACAGAACUGGUAUUUGGAGCCAAGCUUGCAUGGAGAAACGCUAGCCGUUGCAUUGGCAGAAUCCAGUGGUCAAAAUUGCAGGUAUUCGAUUGCCGCCAAGUUACGACAACUAGUGGAAUGUUCGAAGCACUCUGUAACCACAUCAAGUACAGCACAAAUAAAGGAAAUAUAAGAUCAGCUAUAACAUUGUUCCCACAACGUACGGACGGCAAGCACGACUACAGAAUAUGGAAUAGCCAGCUGAUCAGCUACGCUGGCUACCGUCAGCCAGACGGUACGGUGCUUGGUGACCCCAUGCACUGCGAAUUCACCGAUCUCUGCUUGAAACUUGGUUGGAAGCCGCCACGCACGGCCUGGGAUAUUCUUCCCCUAGUUCUGUCAGCUAACGGGAAAGACCCUGACUACUUCGAAAUCCCCAGGGAGCUUGUUAUGGAAAUCCACAUGACGCACCCCACGUUCGAAUGGUUCAAAGAACUAGAAUUACGUUGGUACGCUUUGCCCGCCGUCUCCAGCAUGCGUUUUGAUUGCGGUGGCAUCGAAUUCACGGCCAACGCUUUCAACGGUUGGUACAUGAGCACCGAGAUCGGCUGCAGGAACUUCUGUGACACCAACCGGCUUAAUGUUUUGGAGAAAAUAGCUCAGAACAUGGGCCUAGAUACCAGAACUCCUGUCAAUCUUUGGAAGGAUAAGGCCCUCGUGGAAGUGAACGUGGCUGUACUGCACAGCUUUCAACAGCACAACGCGACUAUCGUGGAUCAUCAUACAGCUUCUGAAAGCUUCAUAAAGCAUUUGGAUAACGAGAACCGGCUUCGGUCUGGGUGUCCAGCCGAUUGGAUAUGGAUCGUACCACCCAUGUCAUCGUCCAUAACCCCGGUGUUUCACCAAGAAAUGGCGCUCUACUACUUGAAACCUUCAUACGAAUAUCAGGAGCCUGCAUGGAAGACGCAUCAGUGGCAGAAAUCUAAGCCGAUCACAGGCAAAAGACCCAUAAACAGAAAGUUCCAUUUCAAGCAAAUUGCCCGAGCUGUCAAAUUCACCUCGAAACUGUUCGGUCGUGCCCUUUCGAAGAGGAUUAAAGCGACUGUGCUGUACGCUACGGAGACUGGGAAAUCGGAACAAUACGCCAAAGAGCUUGGUGUUAUAUUUGGACAUGCCUUUAAUGCACAGGUUCAUUGUAUGGCGGAUUACGAUAUAACUUCUAUUGAACACGAAGCACUCCUUCUGGUUGUGACAUCGACGUUUGGAAAUGGUGAUCCACCCGAGAAUGGUGUCGCAUUUGGAGAGCAUCUAUGCGAAAUAUUAUACGCUGAUCAAGUCGGUGAAGAUUCUACUGGAAAUCAAAUGUUGACACCAAAAUCGUUCAUAAAAGCCAAUAGUGACAUUCAAAGGUAUACAGCAGGAAAUCCGAAAAAACUCAACAGACUCGAAUCAUUGAAGGGUAGUACAACAGACGCCACAUCCAUUGACAGCUUUGGUCCAUUGAGUAAUGUUAGAUUUGCCGUGUUCGCUCUGGGUUCGAGCGCUUACCCGAAUUUCUGUAACUUCGGAAAGUAUGUAGACAAAUUGUUGGUUGACCUCGGCGGGGAACGAAUCCACGACCUCGCAACCGGUGACGAAAUGUGCGGCCAAGAUCAGGCCUUCCGGAAGUGGGCCUCUAGCGUCUUCAACGUUGCUUGUGAGACAUUUUGCUUGGAUGACGAUGAGACUCUACAAGAGGCAAAGAGAGCUCUUGGUACUGUUGCAUUAAGCGAGGAGACAGUUCAAUUCGCCAGGGCCGGCUGUCGUCCCGCUACGUUACACGCAGCGCUACAAAAGUCUUUGAAUAAACAAUUCGUUUCUUGCACCGUCAAAGCUAAUAAAGAUUUAGGCGAUGCCUCCGCUGAAAGAUCCACCAUCUUUAUUGAUCUGGAACCUAAGGAGGAAAUAAAGUAUAAUCCAGGAGAUCAUGUCGGAAUAAUAGCUUGUAACCGUAAAGAGCUCGUUGAGAGUCUGCUCUCCCGCAUUAAAGACGUUGAUGAUUACGACGAGCCGUUGCAGUUGCAGCUUCUGAAAGAAACUCAUACGUCAAGCGGUUUAGUCAAAUCUUGGGAGCCCCACGAGAAACUUCCGAUAAUGAGCGUGCGUGAAUUGUUCACACGAUUCCUUGAUAUAACUACUCCACCGACCACGAUACUUCUUCAGUACUUGGCCACAACGUGCGAAGAUGAAGAAGAAAAAAAACAAUUGAAUGUUUUGGCUACGGAUCCCGGAGCUUACGAAGAUUGGCGUCAUUUCCACUUCCCCACCUUGCCAGAAGUCCUAGAUCAGUUUCCAUCAGCAAGACCCAAUGCAUCUUUACUUGCCGCCCUUUUAUCCCCACUGCAGCCAAGAUUUUACUCAAUUUCUUCGUCACCAUUAGCCCACGCAAAGAGAUUGCAUCUUACGGUUGCCGUAGUCACAUAUCGAACUCAAGAUGGUGAGGGACCGGUCCACUAUGGUGUGUGUUCCAACUACUUAAUGGAACGUAAGCCUGGCGACGAGGUUUACCUCUUUAUCAGAAGUGCCCCUAACUUCCAUUUACCUCAAGAUUUGUCAGUUCCUCUUAUACUGAUCGGUCCCGGUACUGGUAUAGCUCCAUUCCGUGGCUUCUGGCAUCAUCGGCGAGCUCUACAAAAUUCUUGCUCGCGUACAACCACUGGACCGGUGUGGCUGUUCUUCGGCUGUCGAACAAAGACUAUGGACUUAUACCGAGAAGAGAAAGAGCAAGCUUUGAAAGAAGGCGUACUUUCCAAAGUAUUUCUCGCUCUAUCUAGAGAAAAGGAAGUUCCAAAAAUGUACGUCCAAGAAGUUGCUGAAAACGUUGGUGCAGAAAUACACGAUUUACUAAUUAAUAAAGGUGCACACUUUUACGUUUGCGGUGAUUGUAAAAUGGCGGAGGAUGUGCACCAGAAGCUCAAAGGUAUCGUGAAGAAACACGGAAACAUGACAGACGAACAAGUACAGAACUUUAUGUUCAUGCUAAAGGAAGAGAAUCGUUACCACGAAGACAUAUUCGGCAUCACACUGCGCACAGCUGAGGUCCACAGCGCUUCUCGCGAGUCGGCUCGUAGGAACCGCGUCGCUUCCCAACCAUGA